AUGGCGUCAAGCAUAACAGCAACGCCACUAGUGUUUGGACGCGGGACAGCGGCAGUGCGCGGCAUCUUGACUCCUGAACGUUGCGCUCCUGUGACUAUGCCCUUUGCAUUCUUCCAGAAAAGAAGUGGCAAGAUGCUGACGGCACCUUCUUAUUAUCAGAGGUUGGGGACAAGGCUUCAGCAUCUUGCAGCGCCCAGAAAGCGGAUGACUGACUUGAACAGCGUUGAGAGGGCCUGUAUUCGGCCGCAACAGCCCCUUCCCGAAGUCCAGCGUCCUGAGGGGACCGUGACGGCAGCUCUUUCUGCUGUCGGGUUUCUGGCCCUUUCGUGCAAAUUUCUCCCGCCUCUAAAGCCCGCGUUCUUGACCCUUUCUCAGGCCAGCGUUCUACACGUCCUACUGAAUUUGUGCGCCGUUUACUUUGGAACCAAGGCGCUGCGACUGGUAGCAUUCGAACCAGGCACGACAGAGGGUGUCACACUCCUGGUUCGGAGCCCGGGGCUUCCCCCCGACUGGCACGCGCUCUUCGCCCCCACAGCAAACCGGCCCUGCUACUACAACUCGGUCACCCAUAGCUUCCAGUGGGAUCCCCCGGCUUCGCCCCCCCACUCCCGUGUCCCACCGGGCACUUCAACCGGUCUCUUCGGAACGCUGGCCCUGCUCUUUAACUGCAUUAUUCAGCAGCUCGUGGGACUCGUGCAGCCGGUCGUGACACUCGGGCUGUACUGGAGCAGAGUCGUAACGUUCCGGUGGUGCGUGUGCGCUGUUUUCGGCGCGAACCCGCAACUACAUGCGGGAGCGAUUCUCUUCCUCUCCGCAGCCUUCCUUUCCCUCCCCCAACCGCUGCCGUUGUGCGUCCUACUCCUCGGUCGCUCCGGCGACUCGACGUUCCUCGGCGGCCCUUUGGCAGCCCGGUUGGAGUCAUUCCUGUGCGUCGCCAUCCUUGUAAGCGCUCUCCCCGGGCUGUGCGUCACUCUGAUGACAUUUCACCGGGCGGCCGAAGAGCGCCUGCCCAAGUGCCGCCUCCCCUGGGACUUCAAAGGCUUCCUCUACCUCCUGUUGGCCAUCUGUCCUGCUCUCACUUGGUGGCUCUAUCCAUAUGCCGUGGAUGGGCCUCCUAGCCGGGUGGCGCUUCUCCCGCUUCCCUCGGGGGAUCCCUUUCGAGUGCCCGUCCCCCGGUGGGAAGUCCUGAAGUUCUCCUGGAGAGCGCUUCUGUCCGCGGCGCCGAUGAUUCUUCCCUUGGCGCGGCUGCUCGUGGCCGCGGCCAAAGCCCAGGGGUUAUCACCGGGCGCAAUCUACACCCUGGUGCUCUGCUCCCGGACGGUGCAACUAAGUGCGUGCGUCUCGGGUCUCGAGUUUCUGCUCGCGAGACAUACGGCGACGUACAAAGCUGCCUUGAAGCAGAAGAUGAAGGACGAAGAUUCCACAGUUUCAGGGGUUGAACACGAAGCUACUCGCGGGAUUCGUGGACAAGGUAGUUCGGGGGCUAGCUCUUUGCAGGACGCUUGGCACUUCAUAUAA